AUGGCCCCCGCUCUAGUAGAUAUAGCUCCAGCUGUACAGCUGCCCGAAGUCAAGUACUCGGGUGUUGGUCAGUACAAGGACGCGGCGUUCGGUGGCCCUAAGGUCUUUAAGAAAGAACUCGAAUUGAGAGGCACCGAGAAGCAUGCUCCUACAAAAUAUCCGAACUAUCUGCCAACAUGGGACAAUGAGAAGGAGACUGGAGUAUACCCUCCACUUGAGCCCUUCGAGCAUGUCGAGCAUGGCAAAAACGCAGAUCCAUCUUUCCCCAACCUUUUGAAAGACGCUGAAGUUGCCGACUUGACCGCAAACAUCGGUGCUGAAGUCCACGGUGUUCAGCUCAGCCAACUAACGGAUGCCGGCAAAGACGAGCUCGCACUCUUCGUCGCCCAGAAGAAAGUCGUAGCAUUCCGUGACCAAGACUUCGCAGAUCUUCAUAUCAAGGAUGCUCUCAACAUUGGUGGCUACUUCGGUCGCCACCAUAUGCACCCCACAUCUGGAGCCCCAGAAGGCUAUCCUGAAGUCCACCUUGUGCACCGCGGGACAGACGACACAUCCGUUCGCGACUUCUUCGAAGAGCGCACCAACUCGGUUACCUGGCACUCAGAUGUAACGUACGAGAAGCAACCACCGGGGACCACAUUUCUGUAUCUUUUGGACGGUCCGGCUUCGGGGGGUGACACACUCUUUGUCAACCAGGCAGCGGCGUACAGGAGACUGAGUCCGGAGUUUAGGAAGAGACUGCACGGGUUGAAGGUUGUGCACUCUGGUGUCGAACAAGCAGAAGGCUCCCGAGCCCGAGGCGGCAUCGUCCGCCGCGAGCCAGUGACCUCGAUCCACCCACUCGUUCGCACACACCCUGCAACUGGCGAGAAGGCAAUUUUCGUGAACCCCCAAUUCAGCCGUCGCAUCGUUGGUUACAAAAAGGAGGAAAGCGAUUUCCUGCUCAACUUCCUAUAUGAUCACAUUGCCAAGGGCCAGGACUUUCAAGCGCGCCUGAAAUGGGCGCCAAAGACUGUUGUAGUGUGGGACAACCGGGUUACUGCGCAUUCAGCGCUUUUGGACUGGGAUGACGGUGCGCGAAGGCAUUUGGCGAGGAUUACCCCACAGGCCGAGGCGCCCUAUGAGACCGAAUUUGAGGAGACCAAGGCUGCGGGUUUCGAAUAUUGAACGUUAGGCUAGCAAUAUGGUAUCAGCAAGCAAAAUUGCAUAAUUCAAUUCCCAGCUUUCCAUGCCAUAAUCGAGUGAAGGAAAAAAAUCCACAAACUGUAUGGGUCAAGUAUCGAUACAGGUUAUGUUGCGCGGCAAAGAAAAACUCGUACAGGAGAGACGGAUAGGAGGGAUGUCA